GAACACAGAGACAGUGACAAGCCGCUCGCUGCACAGUCACACGUCGCCGAGGCUGAUGGUUAACAAAGAGGGGAGCGCACGUCACAAAAGACUCACCCUGGAUCUCACCACAGGAUGUUACUCUGGCAGGCGCUGUCGCUAAGUGUGGCUGUGUGUGUGUGUGCGUGGGUGUGAGUGUGUGUGUGUCUAUGUGGGAGUUACGCUGUGUGUAAUAGAGAGCUGUGGGGACUCCAAGCAGUAGGACGUGUGAUAGCUGGAGGGCACUAUUAAUUUUCUAAAAGGCGUUGUUUACUAAGCCUCUCAGCUUCAAACUGUCUCAAGAUAUUCACAUCUGCAACUCUCACACACACACGCACACACACACACACACACACAUGCUCGUGCACGUAGAGGCUACUGCUGCGGAUUUCAGUUAACUGUUUGCCAUGACUGGCGUAAUCAACCUCAGCUGUCCACGGUGCGCUCUGGGAAAGUGUGUGUGUGUGUGUAUGUGUGUACUUGUGUGUACAUUAUGUCUAGAUGUUCUGAAACUGUCGGCAAACUAUGAUUUAAAGUCACCUUGUCAUUAUCGCUGUAAUACAAUCUCUUGAUGAUAGACACAAUCCUAACUGCUCGUAGUGGCUGCCCUCUACCCUGAUUCCUAACUUCAUACAAAUAAAAUGGCAUCGUAAGUUAGUACAUAUAAAAUGAUAAAUUGUUGCAAUAAUUACCUCUUUAUUAUCACACCAAUAAAAGAGAGCAUUUGCCUUGUGCUUUGUUCCUCUUUGGGCUCAACAUCCCGACCAUAACGCCCCGUUGUGUGCACUCACUAGACCUCACUAGACCUCAUCUGACGUGCUAUCUCUGCAGUUGAAACCAUUAACUUUAUCUGCAGCAGUAUAUUUUCUGUUGUGCUUCCUCCGCUGUCUGAGCUUCUCCAUGCAGGCCGGAGUGCGAUGCUGCUGUGUGUGCUGCGCCGGAGGCUCAGACUACGAGGAUGCCCCGCCGGGUCUGCGUGGGACAGCAGCUGAGGGGGCUUCUCCGGGGUCGAGCUGGUCCCUGAGAGCUCGGCUGGAAACAAAGAGAGAGAAGAAAAGCGAAGCUGACUGUUUCCAGUCCAGGACGGCUGACGAGGCCUGCGUGGCGGUGAGGAUUGAACCCUCCAGAGCUCUGGGCAGCAGCCCGGCGUGCGAGCAGAGCGACCCGCCCAGUGUGCACGCGUGUCUGAAGCGAGCGAGCGGCGAAGGUGUCAAUGGAAGAUGCUCUUUCUGCAGGCCGAGGCAGCUCUCUAAACCAAAAGUGCCUCCUAAGCCGCUACAUCUCCAGAGCCCGGUGACGGAUGUCAAGUCCCCGCUGGACCACAUCCAGAAAGCACCACUAAAACCGGUCAUGGAGGAGGCAGGAGGAGGAGGAGGAGGAGGAGGAGGAGUAAUGAGAGGAUCUGUGACCCGCGAGAAAGUCAGAGAGAUGCACUCCAAAGUCUCAGACCUCAUCCACCGCUUUGAGGAGAACAGCACCGAGAGCCGGAGAGACGGCUCGCCGCUCAGACAGACCGGCAAGAUGUCCGCCGGCAGCCCGGCUCACCGCGCCCGCCAGAGGCAGACGGAGACCGCCGGCGCUCAGGAGAACCACUCCUCCGGACCCACCUCGCCGCAGGAUGCCCACCAACCGCCGACCAACGGGACGUUAGCUCAGAUGGAGCGGGACGAGGAAGAGGUCAAGGUGGAUACCCCGGAGGAGAGGACCGAUGGCAGCGUGAGGCUCGAGGCUGAUGGGCUGGUGAACGGCGACGCGGAGCAGACUGCUGAUCCCUCACCUCCACGAACACCUGAGACACACAGCGCCUCUGACAAGGAGGACGCUGGGACCCAAAUACUAAGUGAGCAUGGGGCCGAAGAAGGGAGCCCCGACCAGAAGGAGACGAAUGAACAGAAGCUGUUUAAGAUCGCCAGCGAGCUGCUGCACACCGAGAAGGCCUACGUAGCGCGACUUAACCUGCUGGACCAGGUAUUCUGUGCCAAGCUCAUGGAGGAGGCAAAUAAAGGGACGUUCCCUGUGGACGUGGUGAAGAACAUCUUCUCCAACAUCAGCUCCAUCAACGCCUUUCACAGCCAGUUUCUGCUUCCGGACCUGGAGAAGCGCAUGGGAGAAUGGGAGUCCACCCCUCGCAUCGGAGACAUCCUGCAGAAACUCACACCCUUCCUCAAGAUGUACGCAGAGUACGUGAGAAAUUUCGACAACGCCAUGGAGCUGGUGAAACAGUGGACCGACCGGUCGCCUCAAUUCAAGGCCAUCAUCCAGGAGAUACAGAGCCAAGAGGUCUGCGGCAGCCUGACGCUCCAGCACCACAUGCUGGAGCCCGUGCAGCGAGUCCCUCGCUACGAGAUGCUGCUGAAAGACUAUCUGAAGAAGCUGCCUCAGGACGACCCUGACCGACAGAAUUCAGAGAAAUCGUUAGAAAUUAUCGCCACAGCAGCGACCCACUCCAACAGCGCCAUUCGGAAAUCGGAUAACCUGAAGAAGCUGAUGGAGAUAUACGAGAUGCUGGGUGAGGAGGAGGACAUCGUCAACCCCUCUAACGAGUUCAUCAAGGAGGGCCACAUCCUGAAGCUGGCGGCCAGGAACACCUCGGCCAUGGAGCGAUACCUCUUCCUGUUCAACAACAUGCUGCUGUACUGCGUGCCCAAAUUCAGUCUGGGAGGACCGAAGUACACGGUGAGGACGCGGAUCGGCAUCGACGGCAUGAAGGUCCUGGAGACGGCCAACGAGGUCUACCCUCACACCUUCCAAGUGUCCGGGAAGGAGAGGACGCUGGAGCUACAGGCCAGCUCGGAGCAGAACAAGGCCGAUUGGAUUAAGGCUUUCCGGAAGACCAUCGAGAUCUUCCAGCAGAAAAACGAGUCAUUCAAGAACGCUCUGAAAGACGUGGAGGAAGUGUCGAAUGCAGAGCUGGGGAAGCGCGCCCCUCGAUGGAUCCGCGACAACGAAGUGACGAUGUGUAUGAAGUGCAAGGAGUCGUUCAACGCCCUGACGCGGCGGAGGCACCACUGCAGAGCCUGUGGCUAUGUGGUGUGCUGGAAAUGUUCAGACAACAAAGUCGCGCUCGAAUACGACGGCAACAAGAUGAACAAAGUCUGCAGAGACUGCUUGUCCAUCCUGUCGGGAGAAACGAGAGUCGAGGGCAAGAAGAAGGGCAUCCUGGAGAUCGAGGCGGCUCAGUUCACCGGCAGCAGCGUCAUGUGCGGCUUCCUGCAGUACUGCGAGAAGACCAAACCCUGGCAGAAGGUGUGGUGCGUCAUCCCCGAGAAGGAGAGCGUGGUGCUCUACCUCUACGGCGCUCCGCAGGACGUCAAGGCCCAGUGCACGAUCCCCCUCCUGGGCUACUCGGUGGAUGACAGCGCCCGGCCCGCCGACCCCACCGCCAGCUUCCGCCUCUCCCAGUCCAAGUCCACACACAACUUUGCCGCGGACAGCGAGGAGCUCAAGCAGCGCUGGCUGAAAGCGAUUCGAGUGGCGGUGACGGGGGAGGUGCCCGGACGCCCUCAGACCAACGGGGGCGACGGCAACAUGAUGGACAACAAUAACACACAAGAGGCGGGUACCGACAGCUCGUAAGGGAAGGGGGGGGGGGGGGGGGUCAGACUGCUGGAUGGCUCGAGAUAGACGGGACGGGCAGACGAUGUGCUGCACGCACACAAUUCAAACGCACGGUCCUCUUUGCUGUCCUUGAACCCCACAUGGUGGGGGGGGGGGGAGAACAAUCUGCUGCUGGAUGAGCUGCCUUCCCUUGCCACGCUCCUGUUCCCAGUUUCCUCCGGGACGUUCUCAUGGACGAAGAACCUCUGCUUCACUGCUGGAGCGGCGCUGGAUUACUGAAGGGCGUGUCGGUGCAACCACCACGAGAGCAGAGGGGCCUCAGGACUGAUCGACUUCCCUCCAACGGGCACCGCCAAGGACGGCUUUCAUCGUGUCCGCUCCUCUCCAGCUGGUGGACGACCACAAACGUGCACAGCGCCCCCUGCAGGAUGUGAAUCAAAGCGGAAGGACGGUCCAAACUUCCAAACUUAGCUGGUGCUGUAACGCAACUCUGCGUACCUGUACAGUAUAAAUGUGGGAGGGGGAGGGGGGGGGGUCAUUUGUGUUUUUAUGUACAGAAAUCAAUCCCAAACUUUGUUUUGAUAACAUAGAAGACAUCUAAGUACGAUAUAAAAUAUUUACAGGAUGUUGCCCGUUUCCAGAACUGUGAAAAGUAAUCAUGUGGUUGGAUAAUGAUGAUGGUCUCAUCUUCCUCCUCGUCGGUCUCAUGCUAAUCCAACUCUGGAUGCACGUCGGCACCGGUCCUCGCGUGUUCUGGAUGAAGAAAACUACUUUGCUAUUCAAACCAGUUGUACGUAUAAAUGCAGCUGUGCAUAGAAGAAAUCGCUAGAGGAGUUUUUUAUAUUUUAAUCCAGAAUAAACAGUCAACAUCGAAGCCUCGAAGGUUCCCCGCGGAGCCCCCAAGACAUUAUACUGUUUCUAUUUGAGAAGAACUCUCCAUGACAAGUAACGGUAGAGCCAACUUGGUAGAAACUAUGUAAUAAAGCCACACAUAUCUCUGGCCUAACAAUAUGUAUCGUCAUACCUUGCCCAAAUCUCUGGCCCUGGACAGUGCUGCAUGUAUUAAAAGAGCACGCUGCAAUCACGUGCAUCCUACGGCGUAAUAACUGAUGGAUGAUAAUCAUUCAUGUGCAAACGUAAAGAGGAGGAUGAAGAAAGUGAAUUAUUCUCCAGGACAUUCCUGUGGAAGGGAGGGGCCAUCAGGUGUUCCCUUAAUGCAAACGCAGAACAAUCACAGAUUCAAAAGCAAGCUGGUGUGAGAAAUGUAAAUGUGUUUUUAAUGCUGUAAUUAAUUGUGUUAUGUAAAGUAAUUUAUAGAGUAUGAUGAGUAUGAUCUGUUAAAAAGAAAGGAAAAAAGGAGCACAGAUUAGUUCCCCGACUGGACUAAGAAGCGCAGUAGGUAGGUGGUGUUUUCUCCACUAACCCACCGACUGUUCUUCAUCCCCAUGGCGGUGUGCAGAGGCUCACCCCUCUUCAUUCUUCCCCUCCUCAAUAUUCAACUCACAAACAAAGAGCACAAAACAUCAUCUGUACGAUCUGGAUGUGUAUCCAGAUGUUUCAGUCCUCAUUUGAGAAUCUACGCACUUUAGUCUUAUAAAGUGUACCUUAAAAUAAAAACAAGUAUAAACACCAAA